GUUCGGAUGGCCAAAGAUAUUGGUCUCCAUCAAUCACAACAAUUCCAUCCGCCCUCUUCUAAUUCCACCCCUUUGCCUUCCUUAUACGCCCAUCAAACAGUGGCAUUCGUUCUUUUUACUCUUCACUGUCACACUACUAGCAACUUAAUUCUUUAUAUCCCCUGAGGAACCUCCAACCUCACCAUGCUCAACGUUUACAGAAGAGGCGCUGCCUCGCUGUGCAGAGUUGUCCAGAGUUCGCCGAGAAGCGCACUCCCAUUCUCGCGCACCUCAGUCUUUGCCUCCAAGUCGAUUCAAAUAUCGAAAACUGCCAUUGCAGCGAGAUUUCUUCACGCCCAGCCUGCGACUCGCUACUUCCACAACGACCAAGAGCAAGUCUUUGAUCCCAAAGAUGACAUUAUCGCGAGGUCAAACGAAGAUAUCGAGAUUAUCACAAAGUUCCAGGAACUUGCGGAUAGAGGACAUGUCCACCCAGCGAUUAUCAAAGAAAUUACGGACACAAUGGGCCAUGAUACCAUGACUGAUGUGCAACAACUGACAAUUGCCGAGACCCUGAAGGGAACAGACGUUAUUGCGCAAGCAAGGACAGGUACCGGCAAGACUCUAGGAUUCCUCAUUCCCGUUUUACAGAACAUCUUGAAGACCAGCCCGGAACUUGCGGAUCAGGGUCAGGAUCAGAGCAUGCGCGGUUCCAGAUCCACAGCUUCGGAUAUUCGUGCAAUUGUCAUGUCACCUACCCGUGAGCUUGCUGAGCAACUCGCCGUCGAGGCCCAGAAGCUCUGCAGAGGCACCAACAUCAAGGUUCAGGUCGCAGUUGGUGGAAGCAACAAGAAGGCGAUGCUGAACCAAAUGCAGCGUCAGGGAUGCCAUUUGCUUGUGGCCACUCCAGGACGUCUCCACGAUCUCCUGACCGAUCCAUACAGCAGGGUUUCGGCGCCUAAUCUCAAGGCCGUUGUCCUUGAUGAGGCUGAUCGCUUGUUGGACCAAGGUUUUUCCAAAGAUAUCGAAGCCAUUAUCAACCUUCUUCCAAACAGAAAUAUCACGGAUCGUCAGACUCUUCUCUUUUCCGCCACUGUACCGCGCGAGGUGAUGAGCCUUGUGAGGAGCACAUUGAAGCCCGGCUUCCAGUUCGUGCAGACGGUCAAGAGCGAUGAGGUGCCAACCCACGAAAGGAUUCCCCAACACGUUGUUUCGUGCAAGGGCUUCGAAAACGUUGCGCCUGCCCUCGUUGAGAUCUGCACAAAGGAGAUCGCAAAGGUCGCGCAAGACCCAACCCAACCUCCAUUCAAAGCAAUUGUCUACUUGCCAUCAACUGCAAACGUCACGCUCUACGCUGGCAUUCUCGGGUCCCUCAGCCAAUCCGAUAACGCUCUUUACGGCACUCACCCGCUUCACCCAGCUGAGGUUUCGGCGAUGCACGGCAAGCUUACUCAACAGCAGCGUACUCGCGUCUCGGAUCGCUUCCGUCGCGCUAAGUCCGCCAUUAUGGUCUCCUCCGAUGUUACCGCUCGCGGUAUGGACUUCCCCAAUGUCACUCACGUCAUCCAAAUCGGUGUUCCCCCCAACCGUGACCAGUACAUCCAUCGUGUUGGACGUACCGGUCGUGGCGACAAGGGCGGAGUGGGUUACGCACUAUUCACCGAUAUCGAGAUGAACCUGGCUCGCCGCAUACUCAACGGUCUGCCUAUCAAGCCUGAUACCACGAUUGAGACUUCCCGGAUCGACAUGACCAAGGAUGCCCAGCUUGGAGCUGAUGCAGCACAGAUUCUUGUCCAGGUCGGCGAGGCUACCAAGCGUGUUUCAAGGUUCGAUAAAAUCGCUGCCUUCCAGGCGGCACUCGGCUCGCUCCAAUCUAUCUCCGACAAGCAGGGCCUGAUGGAUGGCUUAUACCAGUGGACCCGCUACGGAUGGGGCUUUGACUCCCCACCAUCGAUUGGUCACGGCCUUGCAAGCAAGCUGGGUCUGAGCAGAGUUACGGGAUUAGUUUUUGGCCACAACUCGCUUGAUGAUGAGCCUUCACCAAGAAAUACGGACUUUGGAGGCAGGUCCGGAGGGUUCGGCCGUGGUGGUGGUGGCGGCUUCAGAGGACGCAGCUCUGGUGGCCGUGGUGGUGGUGGUGGCUUUGGUGGACGAGGCGGCGACCGCGGAGGCUUUGGGGGCCGUGAUGGUGGACGUGAUGGUGGACGUGGCUUUGGAGGUCGCGACGGCGGCUCCUACGGCAGCGAUCGUGGCGGAAGACAGGACCUCGGUGCUUCGUUUUAAGCACCCUGUCUUCUUUAAAGGCGGUUCGAUUCGGAUCCUGUUAUUAUAGAAAUUUUUGUGGAGCCCCGUUGGGUUAUGGGCCCGGUGUACGAUUACCGACGCGUUGUACGAUUUUGGGAAUCUGGGCCGAGAUUGAAGAGCACAGUAUUGUACGUAUCAUAGAAGGGGUGGACGAUUUGGAGGCGCCGGCGUUCUGUAUCUGGCCUCGUUUUAACGCAUAUGGGGGCAUUUGCAGAGCGUUGGGAAGCUUUUUCUUUUAUAUAAACUUGUAUGCGUAGUAUAGUACCGAUAAUUUGAAAACUCUACUUUUUACUAUAU